UCUGUGGCUUAACUGAUCAAACAUCUACAGAUCUUCUGGUUUCUGUCUGUAAUGAAGACCAGAAGACAUCAGUGAAUCUGCUGGACUGUGGGAUAGAAGUGAAACAAGAAGACACAGAAGCAGAGGAAGGUGAUUUGAUUUAUUCAGACCUGAUGGAGCCAAAAGAAGAAAUAACAAAUGCAAGAGAACAGACAGAUCAAGAUCUGAAAGUGGUUAAGGAGGAAAUUUCACAACUGGAGGAGAAACCUCAUCAUUUGAUACCAAAAGAAGAACAUUUCACGAAUCAAUGUCACCUCAAUGAGCACACGAAAACUCACCUUACAGAAGAAAAACCUUACAGCUGUGAUCAGUGUGGAAAAACCUUCACUCGCAAUUCUUGCCUUAAUGAGCAUAUAAGACUUCACACUGGAGAAAAGCCUUAUAGAUGUGAUCAGUGUGGAAAAACCUUCAUUCGCAGGUCUAGCCUUAAUAUUCACAAAAGUGAUCACACUGGAGAAAAACCUUACAGUUGUGAUCAGUGUGGAAAGACCUUCAAGAAUAAAUGGCAUUUAGGUGAGCACACAAAAAUUCACACUGGAGAAAAACCUCACAGCUGUGACCAGUGUGGAAAGAGUUUUAUUCGUAAGUCUGACCUUAAUGUACACAUGAAAAUUCACACUGGUGAAAAACCUUACAGAUGUAAUCAGUGUGGAAGAUCCUUUAAGAAUAAAUAUCUUUUAAGUGAGCACAAAAAAAAUCACACUGGUGAAAAACCUUACGGCUGUGAUCAAUGUGGAAGAACCUUUAAGAAUAAAUGGCAUUUAAGGGAGCACACAAGAAUUCACACUGGAGAAAAACCUCACAGCUGUGACCAGUGUGGAAAGCGAUUCAUUCGUAAACUCGCACUCAACAGGCACAUGAGUAUUCACACUGGAGAAAAACCUUUUAAAUGUGACCCACUGUGAAAAGAGCUUCAUUCGUAAGUUUAAACUUGAAGCACAUGGGAAUUCACACUUAAGAAAGGCCUUAAAAAAAAAACUAAUUUGCUCAUUUUCACAUUUGAAGAGUUCAGAUGCAAAAACCACUAAAUGCCACUUCGGUCAAAAAGGAGAUUAUAAUAUUAAUCGAAUGCUUUUGGCAUGUAAUAUUCGUUCAUCAAGUAGUUUCACUUCAAAUUCGCUUGAUCCCAGCCUCAGGCCAUUCAGAAAUACCAGUUUGUUAGCAGAAUUCAUUAAGAGUCUGAUAGAAACGUGGUGCAAAAAUCAUGAUAUUGGGAUGUUUUUUAUACUACUGUGUUGGGCCUAUAUAUCAUAUACAAGAGAAAAAGAAUCAGUUUGAAUACAUCAGAAUACUUGAUAAGAUAAUGUUGCCCUUGGCCGAAGAGGAAAUGCCCCUAAAAUGGGUGUUUCAAUAAGACAACAACCCCACAUACACAAACAAGAGGGCAAAAUCUUGGUUCCACACAAAAAGGAUUGAGGUUAUUAUGGAGUGUCCAGCUCAAUCUCCUGAUCUCUACCCCAUUGAAAACUUGUGGGGUGACAAUAAAAAUGCAGUUUCUGACAUAAAACCUAAAAAUUGACAGGAACUGUGGAUCUUGGGCUAAAAUAUCUGUUUCUGGAGUUGAUUUGACACAGAUGUGCAGCAAAUAUCAAUGACAAUGGUUAUGCAAAAAAAUAUAAAUAAUUAAAUAGUUUAAAGUGAAGUUAAAUGUUAAGAAAUUUCACUACAGAGAAAAAUGUUAACACUGCUAUUUUUUUAAACAGAUUAAUAUUCAUUUGAUUUGCUUCCCUUUAAAAGAACAAGACAGAAUUGUAAACUGUGUUGAUGCUUUGAUUUGUAGUUGA